AUGGCCGAUCCCCAUUCCGACAACAUGGAGGCGCCGGUGGACUGCGCAGACAACGUCGAGGUCUCGAGCGCAGAUACGACGUACCCAGCACUAACAUUUGCUCUGCAGUCAUUGCUCGCUCGUCAUGAAGCGUAUAUGGCUUCUGCGGAGCGCGAUCGCGUCGACAUGCAGUCGCGGAUCGAGCAGCUUGAAAUGGAAAAAGAGUCGCUCGCCGCCGAGAAUGCACGAACGACCGAGGAGAAUCACACGCUUGCUGACCAGCUCGAGCUGCUCAACACCACCGUCGCCGAUUCCGAGACCCGUAUUCUCAGCUUAGAGGCCACACUACAGAGCUCCCAGCAGGCAGUGAGGAGGCUAGAAGGAGCAGCAGCCCGGGCGGCGGAGAUGGAAAGGCAUAUCGCCUUGCUAGAGGCAGAGCAGGCGACAUUACAGAACACCCUGAUCAACACUGAGUCCGAGGCCCGUUCGGCCAUGUCGAGGUGGCGGAAAGCCGAGCGUGGAUUAGCCAAUCUCCAGGAGCAGCUUGAGAGGAUUGAGAAGGAGGCCAGAGAAGAGCGAGAGCGGCAUGUGGAGAUCCUCGGACGCAUGGAAAGGCAGCGAGAGAUGGAAAAGGACCUGAAUACUGCCGCCGGAAGAUUAAAGGGUGCAGCGGCAGCCAAAUCCCUAAACAAUGGGAAAAACGGAAGUAGUGUCGUCUCGCACUUUGUGCGCGACCUUCUUCAAGACAACGCGAACCUCCAGUUGGGCAUUGCAGAGCUUCGAGAAAUGUUGUUGAACUCGAAUGAUGAGAUCCAACAUCUCCGGGAGCAACUCGCAUAUCAUCAACCAGUUCCAGAUGGCGAGGCCAGCGCCGCAAGAUAUUUCGAUCCCAGCAUCGCCAACAACCAGCGUAGAUCCUAUGUCACCCACUUGGCGAUCAAAUCACAAGAAACAAGCAUCUGA